AUGUUGCGCAAUCGCUGGGGUAAAGACACCCACAGUAUUCGCAGCAUGUAUGAAGGAGAGAUGAGUCAAGCUAAGAAGGUCAUUGCUCAAACCGGCAAGGAAAAGGACGACUUGGAGAAAGAUAUUCGCAAACUUCAAGACGAACUCAAUGAAUUCCGUAGAAAAUUUGAAGAGGCAAGCAAAGCCCGUCUUGGAGAUCGUGAAAAGAUCGAUGAGCUUCUCGUGAAGCUUUCAAACAUUGAAGCCGAAAUUAAUCUUCUGAAGAGAAGAAUUGCACUUCUUGAAGAGGAAAUUUCUCGUCUGAAGAAAGAAAACAUGCGUUUGAUGGCCGAACUCCAACGUGCACGCACAGACCUCGACCAGGAGACAUUGAAUCGCAUCGAUUAUCAGAAUCAGGUCGCAACACUUCUUGAAGAGAUUGAUUUCAUCAACAGAGUUCACGACCAGGAGAUCAAAGAGCUACAAGCCAUGGCUGCUCGCGACACCACAAGCGAAAACCGUGAAUUCUUCAAGAACGAGCUUGCUUCAGCUAUUCGAGACAUCAGAAACGAAUAUGAUCAGAUGAUGAACACCAACCGUAACGACAUGGAGUCGUGGUACAAACUGAAAGUGCAGGAGAUUCAAACUCAAAGCGCCCGUCAGAAUAUGGAGCAAGGCUAUCAGAAGGACGAGGUGAAACGUCUCCGCACCCAGCUGACCGACCUCAGAGGAAAACUGGCCGACCUCGAAGGCAGAAAUGCACUGCUGGAGAAACAGAUCCAGGAACUGAACUACCAGUUGGAGGAUGACCAGAGAUCAUAUGAGGCAGCUCUGAACGAUCGUGAUGCUCAGAUUCGUAAGAUGCGUGAAGAAUGCCAAGCCCUCAUGGUCGAACUCCAAAUGCUGCUCGACACUAAACAGACCCUUGAUGCUGAAAUCGCCAUCUACCGUAAGAUGCUCGAAGGUGAAGGAGACGGUCCAGGACUUCGUCAACUCGUCGAACAAGUUGUUCGAACAACUGGAAUCAACGAGGUUGCAGACACGGAGACCAUGCGCGUCGUCAAAGGUGAAACGUCCAGUCGAACAUCCUACACGCGUUCCGCCAAAGGAAAUGUCUCCAUCCAGGAUCCUUCUCCUGAUGGCAAGUACGUGAUACUCGAGAACACCCAUCGCUCCAAAGAGGAACCUAUUGGAGAGUGGAAGCUCAAGAGGAAGAUCGAUGGAAAACGUGAAAUCGUCUACACAUUCCCUGCGGAUUUCGUACUCAAAGGCGGCAAAGCUGUCAAGGUGGGUUGGUGUGAGAUUCUCCUUAUUUUAGAGCAGGGUAUUGAAAGUUUUUUCAGAUCUGGGCACGAGGACAAUGGUGGUGUGCACAAUCCUCCUGAAUCUCUUCUAUUCGACGCCGAGGACACUUUCGGUGUUGGUUCCAACGUGCAAACCAUCCUCUACAACAAGGAAGGCGAGGAACGCGCCACGCACAUACAACGACAGAGUCAAAGCGCCACGUAA